AUGCUCAGUUCGGUGUGUGUCUCCUCUUUCAAAGGGCGCAAGGGUGGGAACAAGUCGUCCAACAAAGCAUGUUACAGUGCAGACAUGACUUGUCCGCCAGAAAGCGAGAAAAUAGUGAUAAACUGCGGGGGGGUGAGACACGAAACCUACCGCAGUACCCUAAAGACUUUGCCCGGUACCCGCUUGUCGUGGCUCACAGAGCCGGAUGCAUUUACUAACUUCGAUUAUGAUUCCAAAAACGACGAGUUCUUCUUCGAUCGACACCCGUCCGUCUUCUCUUUCAUCCUCAACUACUACCGGACCGGAAAGUUGCACUGUCCGAACGAUGUAUGCGGUCCACUGUUCGAAGAGGAGUUGGCGUUCUGGGGCAUCGAUGAGACGGACGUUGAGGCUUGCUGCUGGAUGAAUUACCGACAACACAGGGACGCGGAGGAAGCGCUGGACAGUUUCGAGACUCCCGAGCCUGACCCUCCCGAAGAUGACCCCGCACUAGGAGGAGCGGACGGGGACCUGAAGAGAUUGUGUCUGCAGGAGGAUGGGAGGAAAGUCGGUUGGUGGCGCUUUUGGCAGCCCAAAAUUUGGGCGCUUUUUGAGGAUCCAUAUUCAUCUAAAUAUGCCCGGUAUGUGGCAUUUGGCUCCCUCCUGUUUAUCCUCAUCUCCAUCUCCACCUUCUGCCUGGAGACUCAUGAGGCCUUCAACACCAUCUACAACAAGACAGAGAAUAUGACAGUGGGCAAUUCUACAAAGACUGAGUUUGUCUUUGAGGUGGUCACUGACAGCUGGCUGACCUAUGUGGAGGGAGUAUGUGUCAUCUGGUUCACAAUCGAGGUCCUGCUCCGCGUCAUUUUCUGCCCGGACAAGGCUGAGUUCUUCAAGAGCACCCUCAACAUUAUCGACUUUGUGGCCAUUCUGCCUUUCUACCUGGAGGUGGGGCUGAGCGGCCUGUCCUCCAAGGCGGCCAAGGAUGUGCUGGGCUUCCUGCGAGUGGUGCGCUUUGUUCGAAUCCUGAGAAUCUUUAAGCUGACCCGACAUUUUGUGGGUCUGCGGGUCUUGGGCCACACACUAAGGGCCAGUACCAAUGAGUUCCUCCUCCUCAUUAUUUUCUUGGCCUUAGGGGUCCUGAUCUUUGCUACGAUGAUCUACUAUGCUGAGAGGAUCGGUGCUGACCCAGACGACCCCACUGCCAGCCGCCACACAGACUUCAAGAACAUUCCCAUUGGGUUCUGGUGGGCAGUGGUGACAAUGACCACACUUGGCUAUGGGGACAUGUAUCCAGUCACAUGGUCAGGGAUGUUGGUGGGAGCAUUGUGCGCUUUAGCUGGUGUGUUGACCAUUGCUAUGCCUGUCCCUGUCAUUGUCAACAACUUCGGGAUGUACUACUCCCUGGCUAUGGCCAAACAGAAGCUGCCCAAAAAGAAGAACAAGCAUAUCCCGAGGGCACCCCAGCCUGGAUCGCCCAACUACUGCAAACCUGAUGCCCUUGCAAUGGCCACUGCCUCACCCCAGAGAAUCCUGGGAAAUGUUCUGGGUGGGCUUGUUGGGUCAGGAGGUGUAGGAGGAGACUGCCCCCUGGCACAAGAGGAAGUUAUUGAAAUCAACAGAGACGCCAAGCAGAACGGAGACGCUGCCAAUGCUGCCCUGGCCAAUGAGGACUGCCCGACGAUCGACCAGGUGCUGAGCCCGGAGGAGAAGAGCCCGGCGGGAGGAGGGGGUGGAAUGGGGCGGGAGCGGUACCAGCACGACCGUGCCUGCUUCCUGCUCACCACCGGGGAAUUCAGGGCCACAGAUGGAAACGUGAGGAAAGUGUUGAGUUUCUAAAAUCCUCCUUUUCUCUGAAGAAGAAAGUAUAACAUUGAUCAGUUGAUCGUGAGUUCACUGAUGGAGCCUCAUUUCCAAGAUGUGAGACACAGAUGGAGGGAGAGCGAUGAUAGGAUGGACAGAGAAGGGGACUUGAAGAAAAGAGGCAGAACUGUAACCAAAGCAACCUCAUGGGACAUGCAACUCCAGCUUUUGUUGACUUACUGAGCAACUUGCGAACAAACUGAGAGAUCCACGAACACGCUCAAAAGCAUCCAAAUGCACAACACUGCGAAAGCUGAUGCUCACUACCACACCAACGGACUGCUGUAUUGAUUCCUCAGCAAGUAACGAUACUCAAAUGACUUGAGCCCCUUGACCAAACAUGUAGCAUCUCUGCUAGCACACUGUAGCAUUUGUUGGCCGAGAACAGACUGACGGACACCCUUUUAAUUGACAGGAUGAAUAGACUGACAUGAAACAA